GAAAAAAAGAAAGUUUAAACUUAAGUUCUGAUGGAAACUCUUGUUUUGCUUUUUCCGUUCCAAUUCGCUACGUACCAAGCCCGCCCAUUGUUCCCGGCCACUUUUUUAUGCUGGUGUGACUAAUCUCCUGCAAAACAACGCCGCCGUUGCCGUCGUUGCAACCGCCGAAAAUGGACUACCGCAACAAGCUCGUGCUCGCUCCAAUGGUUCGAGUUGGUACACUGCCAUUGAGGUUAUUAGCAGCUGAAUAUGGUGCAGAUAUCACUUAUGGGGAGGAACUCAUAGACCAUAAGCUUAUUAAGUGCGACCGCAUCGUCAACGGGUUUCUCGGUACGAUUGAUAUAGUUGAGAGAGAGACACAAAGUGUGGUGUUUCGGACUUGCCCAGAGGAGCAGAGCCGGGUGGUGUUUCAGAUAGGGACUUCUGAUGCUAUUAGGGCUCUCAAGGCUGCUCAACUAGUGUGCAAUGAUGUUGCUGCUAUUGAUAUCAAUAUGGGCUGCCCCAGGUCAUUUUCUAUAAGCGGUGGCAUGGGUGCUGCAUUGCUAUCAAAGCCAGAGACCAUCCAUGAUAUAUUGACAACAUUAAAAAGGAAUCUAAACACGCCUGUGACAUGUAAAAUACGGCUUUUGAGAACAUCUCCUGAUACAGUGGAAUUGGCAAGAAGAAUUGAGAAAACAGGUGUUUCUGCCCUUGCUGUCCAUGGCAGAAAAGUUCUAGAUAGACCAAGGGAUCCUGCAAAAUGGAAUGAGAUUGCUGAUGUGGUUUCUGCGUUAUCAAUUCCAGUGAUAGCGAAUGGAGAUGUCUUUGAUUAUGAAGAUAUUCAGCGCAUUAAAGUUGCUACAGGUGCCUCCUCUGUGAUGGUUGCAAGGGGUGCUCUUUGGAACGCAUCAAUAUUCUCUCCUCAAGGAAAAUUGCCAUGGGAAGAUGUGAAGAAAGAGUAUGUUAGGAAGAGCAUCUUGUGGGAUAAUGAUGUCAAAAGCAGUAAGCAUACCUUGAAAGAAAUGAUAAUGCACCAUUCUGGCCUUGGACUACCAGAAGGGAAGGCAGUGAUUAAGUCAGAAACCUUGGCGGAUCUUGCAAAACUUUAUGGGGAAGAGGAUCAUUUCCAAUAUGUCAAUGAAAACAGAUGACGCGUGAGGGCUUUGAGGCUUUUGUAAAGUGAACAAAUUGGCAGUGUUCUCUCCAGUCUGUGUUUUAUUUGACUUGGAGCAUUUGAAUAAUCUAAUUCACUUAGCAGCAUCUGACAAGGAAGAGAAAUGAGGACUUCUAGGUUACUACGGCGUCAUGACUGUUUUGAAGUGUGCUGUAUAUUUGAGGAAGCGAUAAACUAACCUGUAUUUUUUGUGACUGUGUUACUAUUCGCUAUAGAUUUGUAUUCCGUUUUGAAGUAAGUUGUGGAUAAAUGAGGAAAAGGAAGUCUAAGAAUUUUGAAUCAUUUCAAUGUAAAAAAUAUUCUCAUAUUCUGUA